CUCCGUGCAGCUGGCGCUGAGCGUCCUGCACGCCCUGCUCUACGCCGCGCUCUUCGCCUUUGCCUACCUGCAGCUGUGGCGGCUGCUCCUGUAUCGCGAGCGGCGGCUGAGUUACCAGAGCCUCUGCCUCUUCCUCUGUCUCCUGUGGGCAGCGCUCAGGACCACCCUCUUCUCCGCCGCCUUCUCGCUCAGCGGUUCGCUGCCCCUGCUCCGGCCGCCCGCUCACCUGCACUUCUUCCCCCACUGGCUGCUCUACUGCUUCCCCUCCUGUCUCCAGUUCUCCACGCUCUGUCUCCUCAACCUCUACCUGGCGGAGGUUAUAUGUAAAGUCAGAUGUGCCACUGAACUUGACAAACACAAAAUUCUACUACAUUUGGGCUUUAUAUUAGCAAGUCUUCUCUUUUUAGUGGUGAACUUGACUUGCGCAAUGCUAGUCCAUGGAGAUGUCCCAGAAAAUCAGUUGAAAUGGACUGUGUUUGUUCGAGCAUUAAUUAAUGAUAGCUUGUUUAUUCUUUGUGCCAUCUCUUUAGUUAGUUACAUAUGCAAAAUUACAAAAAUGUCAUCAGCAAAUGUCUACCUCGAAUCAAAGGGUAUGUCUCUGUGCCAGACAGUCGUCGUAGGCUCUGUAGUCAUUCUUCUCUACUCGUCCAGAGCUUGUUAUAAUUUGGUGGUGAUCACCAUAUCUCAGGAUACAUUAGAAAGUCCUUUUAAUUAUGGCUGGGAUAAUCUUUCAGAUAAGGCUCAUGUAGAAGAUGUAAGUGGAGAAGACUAUAUAGUCUUUGGAAUGGUCCUCUUUCUGUGGGAACACGUGCCAGCCUGGUCAGUGGUACUGUUUUUCCGAGCACAGAGAUUAAGCCAGAAUUUGGCACCUGCUGGCAUGAUAAACAGUCACAGUUAUAGUUCCAGAGCUUACUUUUUUGACAAUCCAAGACGAUAUGAUAGUGAUGAUGACUUGCCAAGACUGGGAAGUUCAAGAGAAGGAAGUUUAUCAAAUUCGCAAAGCUUGGGCUGGUAUGGCACCAUGACUGGGUGUGGCAGCAACACUUACACAGUCACUCCCCACCUGAAUGGACCUGUGACAGAUACGGCUCCUUUGCUUUUUACUUGUAGUAAUUUAGAUAUGAGCAAUCACCAUAGCUUAUAUGUAACACCACAAAACUGAUAGCAUUACCAAGUUGUGAUUCUUGAAUUGUUUUUCAUGAAUAUGUAUAUUCGACGUGUUUAAAUUCCAUCUACAUGAACAUUCCAUUAUCUGUUGCAACUGAAAACAAAAUCUGGAAACCUGGCUGUGUUUGGUGGAGAACACAAGCUGUUACUUUUGACCUCUGCUUAGUAAAAUUAAGUAAAAUGGAAAGUUUGGAGUAGGAGAAAAGAUAAAUUAGAUUUUUAAGGCCUCCAAACAUCCUGAUUUUGGAACACCAACUGCAUAUUAGCAUAUUUGCACUUUUAUCUCUGUUCUGAAAGAGUACACUGCAGUCCCCAAUGUCAUACUCCAGUGUUCACACUGGAAUAUUAUGUACACCAAAUUGGAAGGCACGUUUUCUACGAAAAUCAAAGCCUAUAUAUUUUGUGGUGUACUCUGUGGAAUCUUUAUCCAAUUACAAUUUUAUGGUGUGAACAGUGCACAGUUUAGGCAUAAAAAUACAUCAUUCAUUUUAAAAUCCACUAAAUAUAUGUAAUCAUUGAAGACAGUUCUUUUAAGCAUGAACUUAAAAUACCAAUUGAGAUUAUUCAAACAAUCAUUUUAAACAACUAAUAGUAUAAUCCUUUACAGUAAUGACCAGCAAUGUUGUUUGGAAAGCCACAGUAAUUUCUUCAAGAAGAAAAUAUACCAGUGAAAAUUGUGUGGCUAUUUUGAUUAGAAUUGGUCAAGUGAUUAUUUUGUACAAUUAAGAUAUAUAUGUAGUAGUUUAAGCAUGAUUCUUCAAGAAAGCAAUAGUGAUUUUUGCAUAGGGAGAUUUUGGUAGAAACUUCUUGGGACUAAACAAGUUUACAGAUGCAUUUAAGAAUUGUUCAUAAAAUAUGCAUUGUAAAACAAAUGUUUUCAAAAGCAUCUGAUCUAAAACAAAAUAGCUGAUCUUACCUAUUGAAUCAGGAUUGUCCUCAGGUAAAUUCAAUCAUGAUACAUUAUUGCAGUGAAUUUAAGUGCAAUACUUUGUAAGACAUAUAAUUCCUCCUUUAGUUUUUACAUUUUUAUACAUUGUAUAUGGUUUAAAAACUAAAUUGAAUUCAAAUUAAUUUCAGCACUAUACUAAAUGAGCAAACUUAACAUAAAAGUAUGAAUUAAGUUUGUAUAAAACCAGAGGUUAACAAUAUUUGAAUAUUUUAGAAUUACAUUAAAACUGUAUUGAAUGACCAACCCCAAGUCUAAACAAUAUUACAUAUGGUAGGCUAAGACAAUACAGAAUUUUAAAAUGCACUUUCUACCAGUGUCUAUAUGGAAAGUAGAUGCUGAAUACCUCAAGAAGCCAAGGGAACAGACAACAAGGAAGUUGUUACAACAUGCUUAAAGAUGAUUAUAUACAAUUGUCUUCUGAUCUUUUUCUUCAGAAUUAGAACUAAUACAACUGUCAUUUUUCUUCUUCUUUGAUUAGAACAUUGUUUUAUUUCUACUCCUAUUUAAAAUAUCUUUCAGCUUUUUAAUAACUGAUAUAGUGACUUCACAAAAGUUUAACAGUAGGUAAAACUCUUAAGGAAAAAAUUAAAUUGUUAAUACUUUUUAUCUUUUGGGAGACUAGUACAAAGCCAAACAAAUUUCCUCUUUUUAUGAUACAAAGGACUUUAAAUUCAGUAGGUGUGCUGCCAAAUCAAGCAUGAAAGGACUUUAAAUUCAACUGGAUGCAUACUAAUAAAUGUUACUUGGUAUUUGUUUAUAAAUUCUUAUACUCAAAUUAUUUAAAAUUUUAUAGUAAAAAAGUUAACCUUGGUAUUAAGAUGACAACUAAAUAGUAUAUUUUUACCACAUCCUCAGUUCCUAGAUUUCAGAAUGUCAACUAUUUAUUUUGCUGAUAAUAUUAGGUAUCUAAAUAUCUACAGCUAUCUGAAAAGAUCUGUGUUGUCUUUGUUAAGCCUCAAGUUCAAGGUGAUAAAAUAAUUUUUUUCCUAUAUCAAAGGUCCUAUUUGACCAGGUAAACAAUGAUUAGUUUAAUUUUUUCUCAAAUAAAAUAGAUUUGGUCCUUUUAGCUGCAUUAGUUGAUUAUAUCAAAUUUGAAAUUUAUAAGUUUAUCCUGUUUUCACAGACUAGGAUACCUAAAUUCUUGCAUUUGUCUCCCGAUAUACAUCUCCUACAAUAUAUCACCAAAGACGAAGAAAGAUCUGGCCUAAUUUUUGCUUAAAAAUUCCAAAGCACUAGGAGCACUUUAAGUUUGGUCUCGAAAGAAGGAGUUGUUUAUAAAAUCAAAGGGCUACCGAUUCCCUGUUCAUCCUGCACUGAAGCACAUAAUGACAAUUUCAAACCUUUCUUUUGUAUUCAUUAAUUAGAAAAAUGAAUUUCAUUGCUUAAAUGUGUAAUUCUACAGUGACUAGCAAUAUUUGUUAUCAUUUCAUUUGGAUGGUCAUUAAUUUUGAAUCUCUUACCACUCAUUGUAACUGGUUGUAGUUUUAUGGAAGAUGUAAUUUAUAGCUAAAGUGGCUUUUUUAUGCAUAGCUGCCUUUUUUAUUGUUUAACAGUGUUUCUCAGCUAUAUAAUCAGUUUCAAACUGGUUAUAAAAUAUAGCUGUGGCCAAUGAAUGUAUUGAUUUUUCGUUUCACUAAAUUGUAACAAAACAUUACUAUUAAAAAUAAAAAGUGUUUGUGCUUUUA